UGACUUAACCUCAAAAUAGAAAUAAACACGAUGCGUGCCUCUUGACGUAGAUUCUUAUUAGUUUUUGUAAAAAAUUUAUUUUUUAUAAUUCUGAUGUUAUGUAUUAUUAACGAUAGUAUUUAUUGCUACUAGAAACUUAAUGCAGCUUUUAACUAUAUGCAUAAUUGUUCAAAGUAAACAAUAUGGACGAUUGCAAAAGUGUGGCAUUUUUAAGAAAGCAAUUUCUUUGUUGUACGCCUCUCAAUAAAUUUAAAUGGCCCAAUUGUGUAAAUGAACUUGAUGUAAACAUACAGAAAAAGAUUCUAGAUGUUACUGUAAAUAGUGAACUUAUUUCAAAGUACCCGAUUAAGCAAUCAUACAAAAAAGCUUUCUUAAAAACAUUCAUCAAUAAGUUGGAACAAAGUGGAAUAGAAAUAGAUGAUGAUGUUUACAAUACUUACUGUGAAACAAUUGCUUGUCCAGAUGAACAAGCUUCUAUGCAUUUUCGGCAUUUCCUUUUGAGCAAUGAAGGAGAUAGUGGUAUUCUUAGCAUUAAGGAAAGUACAAACAUAAUAUCGGAAGGUACCACAGGAUUAUGUAGUUGGAAGGCUGCUUAUCAUUUAGCUGAAUGGUGCAUUACAAAUAAACAAGAGAUCGAAGGGAAAAAAGUACUAGAACUAGGAUCGGGUGUUGGUUUGACUGGGCUCACAGUCGUCAAUUUUUCUGCACCAAAAAUGUAUUAUUUUUCAGACUGUCAUCCAACAGUUUUAAAGACAUUAGAAGAGAACGUACGUUUAAAUCUUUUGCGAAAAGAUAACGAGCGUUCGUGGAAAGAAGUCUUGUCAAACGAUAGGAUAGAAUUUAAAAAGGUUACAACUGAUAAGGACAAGGAAGUAAAGGUCAAAGUAAUAAAUUUGAAAUGGGAAGAAAUUGACGAAUCAAAAGCGGAACAGGUGGGAAUCGACGUGGUAAUCGCUGCUGAUGUAUUGUACGAUAAUAGUACAUUUGACGCCUUGGCGCGAGGCUUGAAACAUUUAAUUCGUAAGGCUGUUAAUUACGCAAUUAUAGCGGCGACCGUUAGAAAUGAAUCGACAUUGUUAGACUUUCUGAACAUUCUUGAUAAAUACGAUCUCGCAUAUGAAGAAGAAACAACGUCGACGCUACAGAUAUUUAUACAGUCCGAAGAGACGCCAAUAAGGAUGUUGAAAAUUUCAAGGCAAAGUAAAUGAAUCACUGAUCGAUUUAUAAACGUAUAAAAUACCUUCUUUUGUUUUUAUUAUUGAUAGACUUAAUUUUCUAUGCUAAUUUAAAUAUCUUAUCUGGCAUAAAAAAAUAUUUAUAAAAGUAUUAAA